CGAUUUAGUGUGUGACGCACCGGAAAGAAUCAGAAGGCCAUGCGGGGGAGCUUUGGAGACCUCGUGUAGUCUGCUGAUGGAAAAAGUGAUUUGCAAAAUUAAUAAUGCGAAUAUGAUUACACUGAAUUUACAUACCAACGUAAAUAUACUUUCACAGUUAGUAUUAAUAUUUCGAUUAAGUUAAAAGGUCAGACGUUGCUGAAUAAUGGGGAAAACAAAGACUAAGAGUCAGAAGAAAUCUCAUGCCAAAGCCAGCCGUGUGGCAGAGGAGACGUAUGGGGCUGUUCCACACUCCUUUGUGUUCCAUCGAGGUCAGAUUGGCAAAAAUGUGGGUCAGCUGAUCAGUGAUGUGAGGAGGCUCAUGGAGCCCUACACUGCCAAGUCUCUAAAGGUUCGGAAAAAGAAUGUGUUGAAAGACUUUGUGACAGUAGCAGGUCCACUGGGAGUGACACACUUCGUCGUCUUCAGCAAGACAACCAGCAGUAUCAACAUGAGACUGGCUCGACUUCCUAAAGGCCCCACACUUCAUUUCAGAGUGGUGAAGUACUCUCUCGUCAAAGACGUGGUUUCAGCUCUCAAGAAGCACCGGAUGCACGAUCAGCAGUUUACACAUCAUCCGCUACUCGUCCUCAACAACUUUGCAGCUGAUGGAAUGCACAUCAAACUGAUGGCCACCAUGUUUCAGAACAUGUUUCCUUCCAUAAACGUGCACACGGUUAGUCUCAACAAUAUCAAGAGGUGUGUACUGCUGGAUUACAACCUGGAAUCGCAGGAAAUUGAAUUCCGACAUUACAGCCUGAAAGUGGUGCCUGUAGGAAUGAGCCGCGGCGUCAAGAAGCUGAUGCAGGAGAAGUUUCCCAAUAUGAGCAAGUUUGAUGACAUCAGCGAGCUGCUGAUGAAAGGGGCAAACCUUUCGGAAAGUGAAGCAGAACAAGACGGAGAACACAACAUAACCGAACUGCCACAGAUCUAUGCUGGCCGUGGAAACAUGGUUUCUCAACAGACAGCUGUGCGGUUGACUGAGAUUGGUCCUCGCAUGACUCUGCGGCUGAUAAAGAUACAAGAAGGGAUGGGUGAAGGGAACGUUCUGUAUCACGCCACCAUCAGCAAGUCGGAGGAAGAAAUACAGGAGAUGCUGAAGCGAAAGGAGGCCCAGCUGAAAGAAAAGGCAGCUCGCCGAAAAGCACAAGAACAGAACGUCGUCAAGAAAAAAGAGAAAAAAGAAGCACAUCGGAAAAAGAGCCUGGAAGGUAUCAAGAGAAAACAUGAGGCUGAAGAGGAUAGCGAAGUAGAGGAUCCUGGGAUGCAGCAGGACCAGGCGGCUGUGGAGUCUGAUGAUGAGGCGGAGUACUAUCGUCAGGCUGUGGGGGCGGAGCCAGAUGAAGGUAUGUUCCCGGGAGCCAAGAAGAGGAAAAGUUCUGAAAAGCUUCGUGGACCAGCCAAAAAGAGGAAACUGUCUCCUGAUAUAUCGAGGAUGGAUAAAAGCACUAAAGUACCGAAGAGAAAUGAUCCAGGAGGGCGGCAUGGAAGCAAAAUGGGACACGGUCAACAAAGAAAAGGAUGGAAGAAAUUUGAAGAUCGGGACAAAGCGUUUGGGAAGAAAUUUAAGCCCAAAGGGCAGAAGUUCAGGGGAAAGAAACAAGGAAAUGAGAAAAGGAAAUUUGGUGGGAAGAAGAAAUUUGAAGGGAAAAAAGUUUUCCUUGGGAAUAAAAGUAAUGACAAAUCAUUCAAGUCUACAGGUCAGAAAAACAAGUCAGGCUUCAAGACGAAAGGUGCUGGUUUUAAAAAGGGCUUCAAACAGAGGAAGGGAAAAGCGGUUUGCCACUGCGUUGCACUUAAGCAAAUGUUUCACACAGGAAAUGAACAUUCACAUAGACUCAGCCUGCAGGACAGUGUGCUGCAAACGUGCCUUCUGAUUUUGGGUGCUACUAUAGCUGAAAGCACAUCUAAGAUGCAGCCAAAUGUCCACCGGUGCGAGAAGCUUCAGGUUACCCUGCUGCCUUCUGUGUUUGGGGUCGAAUUUUGCAUCGCACUGGCGGGAAACCUGUUUGCCAUGUGGCUACUGGUGACCAGAGAACGAAGAAACUGGCACACGGGCAUCGUCCUGUCCUGUAACCUCGCCAUCAGCGACCUGCUGUAUGUCCUCACCCUGCCUCUGCUCAUCGUCUACUACGCGCUGGAGAAGAACUGGCUGUUUGGAACAGCAAUGUGUAAAAUGGAGAAGUUUCUUUUCACCUGCAACUUAUACGCAAGCACCUUCUUCAUCAUGACAAUAAGUGUGAACCGCUGCGUGGCCCUGGCGUAUCCUUUCUUUGCAAGAAGCCAUGUGCGGCCUGCCCAUGCCAAAGCCGUCAGUGUGCUCAUCUGGAUCAUUGUGGGUGUCAUUUCCUGCCCUGUGUUGAAAUUCGCCUCCAUCUGCCCUGAUGAGCACAACAGGAACAAAACGCUGUGUGUGUCAUACUGCGGCUCCGCUGCUGAAAACCCGCAUACUACCUAUAAAAUGUUUCUCGCUGUGUUUGGAUGUCUGGUGCCGUUCCUGGUGACUUUGGGCUCAUACUGCAUCGUGAUACGGGUGGUGUGGAAGAACACCAAUAUAACCAAACUGGAGAAACGCCAAGUGGCUUUAAUGGUGGUUUCAGUUGUUGUGUUGUAUGUGAUUUCUUUCAUACCUUACCACGUCUUUCAGAGCUAUCACUUGAGUCUCAGGAUUCAAGGAAUCUUUGUGUGUUGGGUGUAUGAUAUGUACCAAGUGUCCAAGGGUUUGGCAACCGUGAACAUGUGCAUCCAUCCAAUCCUGUACAUGGCUGUGAUUGACAGCAUGAGAGUCACUUGUUGUGGGAGAAGCAAAUAGGAU